AUGUCAAGUCGAGCAUGGGUGACGUUAGCCACAAACGACUCUUACGGUCUGGGAGCCCUGGUGCUGGCGCAUUCUCUGCGCCGCGUCGGCUCCUCAUACCCGGCCGUGGUACUCAUCACACCGUCCGUCACUGACCCCAUGAGAGAGCGGCUUGGCGGAGUGUUCGCCGAGGUGAUCUCGGUGGACGUGCUGGACUCGCAGGACGCUGCGCACCUCGCGCUGCUGCAGCGGCCCGAGCUCGGCAUCACCUUCACGAAGAUCCACUGCUGGAAUCUCACGCAGUACGACAAGUGUGUGUUCCUGGAUGCCGACACAUUGGUGGUCCAAAACUGCGACGAGUUGUUCGAACGUGAACAGUUGUCAGCAGCCCCUGACGUCGGCUGGCCCGACUGCUUCAACUCAGGAGUGUUCGUGUUCUCGCCCUCUGCCGAUACCUUCGCGAAACUUAUCGCCUUCGCACAAGAACGUGGUAGCUUCGAUGGUGGUGACCAAGGUCUCCUGAACUCCUUCUUCUCCGACUGGGCGCAUGGAGACAUCAACAAGCACCUGCCUUUCCUCUACAACGUCACAUCAGCUGCCUUCUACUCAUACCUGCCCGCAUUGAAACAUUAUGGGCAGAACCUCAAGAUCAUCCACUUCAUUGGAGCGGCCAAGCCAUGGUUGCAACAGUUCAACUUCGAAUCGGGAUCCGUCGAUGCGCCCGAGCACAUCCGAGGUUUCCUCCAACUUUGGUGGGACCUCUUCGUGGGACAAGUGCACUCCCAGCUUGACACCGGCAUGGUUGAGGUGGCGGACACACAUGAAGGCCCCCCUGCGUUACCUCCACAUGACGUGGGACAACAAUACCACUAUCAGCCCACUCCGGACCCUGAGUCAGAAUUCGCUUGGCACCAUCCUGACACGAAAACUAAAGAAGAAACACGAAAGAAAGAUAUAGAUAUCACUGAGUUUUUCGAUCCAUGGAAGAUUUAUAGAGGACAUAUACCACCAAAUACGAAAGAAGAAGUCAGCCAUCACGAAGAAUUAGCAAGGAUAGACGAUCAUGAAGAAAUUAGAAAGUAUGCAUGGGAAUAUCAGGCACAAGGACCUCCUCCUACAUACACAGAACACAAUCCGAACCAAGACAGACAACGACAUUAUACAGACAAUUGGCAACAUAAUAUUCAACAUGGACACAAACAACAACAUCAACAUCAAGGUCACUGGCAUCAAGAACAUGACCACAGCUGGGGCAGCCAUGACAACAAUAACCAAAAUUAUAAUCAACACACUCAUGCUCAUCAUUCUCACGAUCACCAUGAUCAACAAAGUCAUCACCAUGAUGAUCAUACGCAUCAUAGCCAAGACUGUCAUGAUCAUCAUAGUCCAGUCCAUUAUGAUCAUCAUGGCCAUCACAGCCAGGAUCAUUAUUUUCAACACAGGCAUGACCACAAUGAUCAACAUGGACAUGAUAACCAGCAUCAUCACAGUCAUGAUCAUCAUGGCCAUCACAGUCAUGAUCACCAUUACCACCACAGUUCUGAAAAUCACGAGCACCACAGUCAAGGUCACUAUGAACAUCACAGUCAUCAGACCCAUGAUUAUCACGACAAAUCACACGACCACUACCAACAACUAACACAAAUCAACGAGAACACUAGUCAUACACAGCACAUUGAUUCUGUAUAUAGAAUAGACAAUCAGAGACAUGAUCACAAAUAUUAUGACAAUUCAGAUCCAAACGCACAAAACUUUCACGAAAUACAUAAAGUAUUAGAACAACAUGUUCAAGAGAAGAAAGUUAAGAAACGCAACCGCCGCAGACGACUACAUCGGAUAGAUGUUUAUAGAGAACGCAUUAUGAAUGGGGAGGUGACUGGAAGUGAGAGUGACGACUUUGAUGACAUAGUACCAAGGCACCCCUAUGAUGGCUUCUACUUAAGGCACAGAGUUACUGUGGACGCUCGAGGUCGAAAAGUGUGCUCGCAUGAAGUACCACCCACUCCAUCUCCUUCUCCCCCACCGGACUCACCAGUUCACGAUGACUCACACCUACCAGAAGAACCAAUACCAAUGGACACUAAUGUUUCAGAUGACCAAAGUGGUGUGGCUGGCAAUCUUGCUCGCGUGCUGCCGGGCGCUGCAGGCCAGCGUGAGGCUUUGGACGAGCUGUCACGUCGCCAGGGCUGGGAGGCCGGCAAUAUUGACUACAUGGGCGCGGAUUCCUUUGCGAACAUUUGGGCAAAGAUCUCACAAACACUGAGCAAGCCCCGCACCUCACCUGCUAAACAGUCUCCUCCUAGGGAAGCAACCCCACAACCAGCUCCUGAGCAGGUUGUAGUUCAGUCUGGAGAAGUAGUGCAAGAACCAGUGGCAGAACAAGUCGAAGUGGCAAAGGAAGUGGUUCCUGCGGAGAGCCCCGUAUCUGAAUCAGUAGAAGCACCUGCACAACUACUGACUUCACAUUGGCCAGCAGAGCCUGCACCUGCACCAGUAGAGGCCGCUACUGCACCAGUUGAGGCAUCACCUGCUCAAGUAGACGCUGCACCUGCACAAACAGACACUGCAACUGCACCAGUGGAGGCUGCGCCUGCACCUGCACCUGCACCUGUUGAGUCUGCUCCUGCACCUGUAGAGGCUGCUCCUGCACCUGCGCCAGUAGAGGCUGCUCCCGCACCUGCGCCAGUAGAGGCUGUGCCAGAGCCAGUAGCAGCUGCACCUGUACCAGUUGACGCUGCACCUGCACCUGUAGAAGCUACUCCAGCACUAGUUGAGUCUGCACCUACCCCAGCAGAGGUGGUGCCUGCUACAGUUGAGGCGGUAUCUGCACCAGUAGAGGCUGCUCCUGCACCAGUAGAGACUGCUCCUGCACCAGUCGAAGCGGUGCCCGCAGUAGUUGAAGCAGCUCCCGUCGCCGUAGAAUCAGCUUCAGCAGCAGCAGCAGCUGCCGCGGCAGUGGAGGUUGCUGAAGUACCUGUGACAGUUGAAGCUGUAGCACCAGUUGAAGUUUCGGCCCCGGUUGCCGAAGUACCUGUAACAGUAGAGUCUGCAGCACCUGUAGAAGCUGCUGCUCCAGCCCAAGAGCCAGUCGCUGCCCCGGAGGUAGCUCCACCAAGUGAAGUUCCUGUAUCUGUGGAAGCCAUUGUCCCAGAUGUAUCUGCGCCAGUAGAACCUCCCGCUGCAGCAGCAGUGCAGUCAGAAGCCCCGAAAACCCCUGAAGCUGUAAGUGUUGCGCAAAAGACUGAAGACUCGCCUGUGCAGAGCAGCCCACCGCUAUCAGCUUCGGACAGCCCGCCCCUGGCCCACACUCCGUCCAAGGAAGAGGCAGCUGCACCCCUAGCUCCCGCUGCUAAAUCUUCCGAGGAGGCAGCGCAAGAGACGCGGCUUUGA